AUGGCCCCUCUCCAAGAAUACAUCGACAACAUCCCCACUCUCGCCCUGGCCGACGCCAUACAAGCCAUCAUCGACCUGACUCCGGGCCUAACCACCUCAGUCUCCGCAACAGGCGACCGACUAGUGGCCCACCCAGACUAUGAGGGACAAGGCAGUCUCAGCAACCUGGGCAGAUACUAUCUCGAAUGUGCCGCACGCUGCCAGACCGAGCACGCGUCCUUCAAAGUGCGUCUGCUGCACCUGACGCUAGACGAGGUUUUCGAUACACUCUAUCGAGAGAACAACAAGAUUUUCGAGAAGGGCGUCAAGGAUGGGAGCGUGACUCUGCCCGAGUACGAGGAGGGCUGCGCAUGCUGCAAUGGUGAUCCCGAUGCGCUUAUCUUGGCUGGCUUCAGCACGGGCGAGUCGUUGCUGUUUACCGACAAGGAGUACCGCCAGCUCUGGGGUGACCAGGAAUCACAGGGCAGUAGCCACCGCAACUGGGUGGAUGGGAAGGGUUGGACGGAUCACUGGUUGCGGGCGUCGAAGGAGCAGGUUGAGGAGGCGAUGGCUCGCAAUGCUAUUGUGCCUAGCAUGCUCUAG